CUUUUGUAUUUGCCAUGAUGCCUUCUCAAGUGACAGCUCAAACGCAUAAGGUUUUUAUAGUGUGUAAAGUGUAGGAUGACCCUUUGUUUUAACUUGAUUGAUUGAUUGAUUGAUUGAUUGAUUGAUUGAUUGAUUGAUUGAUUGAUUGAUUGAUUGAUUGAUUGAUUGAUUGAUUGAUUACAAACUGUGAGCACUCGAAAGUAAAAGCACAUGAUUGCACAACAGUGUUCUUUUAUUUUGGCUCAAUAAAAACGUCAAUUCUUAAGGGGGCUAAUAUUUUUGACCCUGGUAGUUUUUGUGAAAUAAUUUUGUUUCUGUGUGCAAAAUAAAAUAAUGUAAGGAUCCAAACUGAAACUAGGAUAUUUUGAAAAGCUGUUUUAAAAAAAACAUUAAUUUGUUGAACAGCACUUAGGAAAUUUUGGAGAAAAAAAAGCUUAAAAUUAUAUAGGGGGAUUAUAAACGUUUCCUCUUUCAUACGCGGGCGGGCGCCAGAGAGCAAAGCCAGCAUGUCUCAGGACCAUAGACAGUAUUCUAUAUACAGAAUAAUCACAGCGACUCUGCCGCCGAGUGCUUACAAUGCUGCUGUGCAAGUUGUGGCACGCGUAAUGUUGGUUUCAGGAAAUGGAGAAAACAUGCGGAAUUACCUAGAGCUUUUCGGCUUCAAAUCCGCAUACGGGCGGAAGGCGAAACCAAGUUGUCCAUAGUUUAUAGUGUCUAUAGUCAGAACCAUCCUGUAAAAUAGGUCUACCUGGGUAUUUUACCAUAGACAGUUGUGCUCAGCUGAUCUAAAAACAAAAUAUUAACCACAGCCUGAAGCAGGAGGACUUUCUUUGUGUGUCUGAAAGUGCAUUGACCUUUUUUGCAAAGUUUCGUCCGAAGGUCAGUGGGCGCUGCAGGUAAAGUGGGUCCACUCAGGAGUAUGGACGUCGCGGCAUUAAACGCUCUCCCCUUUGAGGAUUUCGUGAAUAUCUUGGGUAACGUGGUGGAGAAAUGCCCUUUAAUAACAGCUGCUAUAUGGUCAGAGCGCCCGUUUGUGAAUUUUACAGCUUUGGAGACAGCGAUCAGUGAUUUCAUAGAUGCUCUACCAGAAUCAGGUGAGACAUGGACCAACACAUGUCAUAUUUUUGAAAUCGACAGCAUUAACCAGUCCACCUUUAUGUCCAGGUAAGGAGGGGAUCCUGCGGUGUCACCCGGACCUCGCGGGAAGAGACCUCCAGAGCGGCACCCUGACCCGGGAGUCUCGCGAGGAGCAGGCAGGGGCUGGGAUGAGUGCCCUGAGCUCCGCGGAGGCCUCACGCAUGUCCCGGCUCAAUGAAGAGUACAAGCAGCGUUUCGGCUUCCCUUUUGUCAUCUGUGCGCGGAUGACUGACAAGGCCAACAUACUGCGGCAGUUGUCCGAGCGCUGCCUGAACGAGCGCGCAACGGAGAGAGCGCGCGGCAUAGAGGAGGUGAAGAAGAUCUGCAGCCUGCGUUUACGGGCGCUCGUGCUCCCUGAUGCUCCCAACAAGUUAUGAAUCUGGAUGUUUGUUUGUUUUUGUCUUUUCCAACCACCUCUUCAUAGGCCUGAACCGCUUCUGAGAUAUCAGCUUUAUUUACAAAUCCAUAUCGUUUUACUCAUCAGCUAUAAAAGAUUAUUAAAUCUUUGAACAAUAAACAUCUGUAGUCUUUAAUUUAUUUUAAAUUAAACUUUACAUUAUAUUGGCUUACAUACAAGUUUAAGGCCAUAUUUUCCAUAUUCAUCCAUCAUAAAGUCUCAGGUGAAUAACAACAUGUAAAACUUGUACACCAUGCAGGAAUGUGUGCAACCGUCUGAAUGUCACUGUCUCUAAAAUGAGAGUGACAGUAGGGGAGAGUGGGGUAAGAUGAGCCAUCUUUCAUAUUUCAGAUCACUACAUCAAGAGAAUCAUAGUUUUGUCUCUAACUAGUGUAUCUGCAUAUAAAUCAAGAUGUUGUGCAUCCCUGCAAACCAACAGAAUGAGUGUAAACAUAACUGUCUUGAUAAUAUAGCAUGACAAAAAAAAGUGGUCUCCUAUGGUCAACUUACCCUGUGUAUGGGGUAAGUUGACCAUAGGAGCGGGGUAAGUUGAGCCGUAUCCCUAUUAACCCCCCACUCUCCACCCCAGCCCUCCCUCACCUUCUCUCUCCCUAAAUAACAGUCACUUCCUCACAUUCAUAUGUAUUUUUAUCUAUUUUACGCCAUUCAGCUGGUACAAUAAUUAUUUUUACUAUUAUUGCAUACAACUGCUAAAAAGCUGUUUUUUAAAAAGCCAUUUUAACAUGAGAAUGUCUUUAAGUAAAUCAGAACAUUCACAUCUGUAUUUUUGAAAUAAAAAAAAGUAAAACAUUUCAACAAUCUGAACUGAAACUCUGAUCCUCUCAUCAGACUCCUUUACUUUCUCAGUUUAGUCCUCUAAUCUAAAACGGUGGACAUUUAUGUUAAGUUUUUGACCUCAUGUUGUAGCUCAUAGAUACCACAAUUGAUGUAUAAAACAAAUUUAAAUGAUCUUUUUUGGUCUGAACAUAAUCCUAUUAAAACUAUUACAGACUAAAUUCACUUUCAAGAGUAAAAAAUUGUUUUUUUUUGUGAAUAAAUGUCUAACCCCUUUACCCAUGUGCUUCUAACUUUCACAGACUCCAUGAAUUGAUGCCCAUCUCCUAAAUACAUAAUACAUAAUCAAUUUCUUUUAGAAUUUCCAAGCAACAGAGGGUGGCUCAACUUACCCUUUGGCUCAACUUACCCCACUCUCCCCUAACUAUGCAGCAAUGUGUGCAACUGUCUGUCACUUUCUCUAAAAUGGGAAUGACAGUCAAUGGAGUUUGCCAUCUUGGCCUAACAACUCGAA